AUGCCUGUGAUCCCUGAUAAGAGCACUAUGCUGGGCGCCGUCAUUCACUGUGAUCGGAGGGAGUCUUCAGCUAAGCAUAGUGGCAGUGGAGAUCUCUUCCCAGCGUUGGAGCUUAGCCAGGAUCUGCCUAUACCAGAUGCCGCAGAAGUCCGCCAGGCUAUUGGAGAGGAAGCCUACGAGUCACUUGUUAAUUGCGGGGAGAGUGGUGCUGCCGGCGGGGACCUUAGACUGGUCAAAGUCCUCCGAGGUGGCAUCUGCGGCACCGACAUCCACAUGUUGAAAGGCUAUGUGGAUGAUGCUGUGGCCGUCGAUGGCAAGAGCCCUCUGGUGCUAGGACAUGAGUUCGUGGGCAUCGACACCAGAACAGAGAAGAGAGUGGUGGCUGGUAUCAACAUACCCUGUGGAAGAUGCCCUCUAUGUCAUCAGGCAGCUGCGGAAGGCCGCGAGGACCUGCUAAUAAGGCGUCGCAAUCACUGUCCCCAUCGCCACUGCAUCGGCAUCCAUAAAUGGUCCGGCUGCCAUGCUGAGUACCUCCUGGUCCCCUCUGGCAACCUUUUCAUCGUGCCUGAGUCUUUGACCGACCUCGAGGCUUGCUGUACUGAGCCCCUAGCAGCGGCCCUGCGCAUAGUUGAACAAGGCAUUGUCAAGGCUGGGGAUAGGGUAUGCAUCAUAGGAGGUGGUCGACUUGGUCUCAUGAUAGCUGAGGUCCUCAUGCGUCUGCCGUUGGCCCAGCGAGUGACGAACGAUGAGGCAGAGGAGAGGAGUGCACAGCCGUUGAAGGAACUGUGUGUUAUUGGCAGCGACGUUCAAAGGAUGCGCGAUGUCUUAGGCCUGGUUGAAGGUCCGGCUUCCAUCGAUCGAUCAUGCUACAGAGCCCUGAUGAAGUCUGCUGAUGGGGCUAGUGUGAUGGAGAUGAAGCUAGUCUCGAGAUACAGCCUCCAGUGCGCUACUGCUGGUGCCGAGGGUGACGAUUCUAGACUUUUUGAUGUUGUUAUUGAAUCCACCGGUAGCAGUAGCUACGCUGCUGCCUUGAGCGGUGCCAUGAACCUCUGCCGCAAAAUGGGUGGGUGGAGAGCUCCUCAUUAG